CCUCACGAGCCAAGAUAACAAGCAGCUUCCCAACGAAAGCGGUGAUGUUUCUGAGUCAAGUGCUGUGAACUGCUCGGCAAACCACACACCACGGACGUGUGACAGGGAUUUAUCUAGUUCACCCAUGUCGCUGCUGAGCUGUAUAUACUUGAACGUUUUGAAUGAAUCUGAGUCGUUAUUAUUCAGGACCAUACGUUGAGAAAACCGAGCGGAGGGAAAAGAAACUACAGUUUCGGAGGCUGUCUGGACCCGGAGGACGAAGCGGCCAGCCAAUAGUAACUCACAGCUGAGGUGCCAAGAGGGAUAUACACACACUGAAAGUGACAUCGCUAACACAUAGGGCACGGAACAGAGGAUAAUCUGGCCGAGGAUAACCUUGUCAAUCUCCUGGCGUCGAGAAGAGGAUAAAUUAGUUGGCUUGGUGCGAAUAUAACGCCUGACUACGGCGACGUUGGCCAGCACUGUCACCUCGAAAUAGAAAGAAAAAACAAAAACAAAUCAAGCGUCCAGCCGCCGUCCAGUGUUUUGAGGAUGAACCAUUUAUCCCUCAGCGAGCUAUGUUGCCUGUUCUGCUGUCCACCGUGCCCCAGCAAGAUCGCCUCUAAGCUGGCCUUCCUGCCCCCAGAGCCCACCUACAGCCUCAUGUGUGAUGAGAGUGGCAGCCGAUGGACGUUGCAUCUGUCCGAGCGCGCUGACUGGCAAUACUCGUCCCGUGAGAAGGACGCCAUCGAGUGUUUCAUGACACGCACCUCAAGAGGGAACCGCAUUGCCUGCAUGUUUGUACGUUGCUCGCCCAGCGCCCGGUACACCCUGUUAUUCUCCCAUGGUAACGCAGUGGACUUGGGUCAGAUGAGCAGCUUCUACAUUGGCCUGGGUUCGCGCAUCAACUGCAACGUCUUCUCCUACGACUACUCGGGUUACGGGGCCAGCUCUGGGAAACCGUCAGAGAAGAACCUGUACGCCGAUGUGGAUGCUGCCUGGCAGGCACUCCGGUCACGGUAUGGCAUCCGGCCAGAGAGCGUGAUCGUGUACGGCCAGAGCAUUGGCACCGUUCCCUCUGUGGACCUGGCGUCUCGCUAUGAGAGCGCUGCAGUCGUCCUCCACUCCCCGCUCACCUCUGGCAUGAGAGUGGCCUUCCCCGACACCAAGAAGACCUACUGCUUCGACGCCUUCCCAAACAUCGACAAGAUUUCAAAGGUGACGUCCCCAGUACUGGUGAUUCACGGUACAGAGGACGAGGUCAUCGACUUCUCUCAUGGUCUGGCGCUGUAUGAACGCUGUCAGCGCCCUGUGGAGCCCCUCUGGGUGGAGGGGGCUGGACACAAUGACGUGGAGCUCUAUGGACAAUACCUGGAGAGACUGAAACAGUUUGUUGCACAUGAGCUGGUCAACUUGUAGUGGAGCUGUAAAAAAGCGUGGAGUGGGAGGAUGCGAAACAAGCAGAGGGUUUCAGGAGAGGUUAGAUGAUGGAGAAGGAGUACAACUUUGUUUUUUGGCGGGUGGGGGGGGGUUUGUGAAGUGUUGCAGGUAGAAGUGGUGUUUGUCUGUGUAGUAUUGAGGUUUUGGUGGCAGUCCUCUGUCAUUAUCGAGCACCUCUCCCCCUUGGAGCUCCAGUUCGCCCAGGCCCAGAGCCUGUCAGCACGGUCUGCUCCACAUGCUGCAGCUGUGAACUUACAAGCACCCAUCAUUUUGUUUUGCUUUUAGAUUUUCUUUUUAUCAUGUUGAAAAUUGCACAUUGUGAAAGUGCGUGAAUGAAGGAGGAAGUAGACACUUGCACAGACAACAUACCGUGUGUACAUGCAGUAUGUGAGAGAGUGCGUGUGUGCGUGUUUGUUUGUUUGUGUGUGUGUGUGUGUGUGUGUCACAUUUUAGCUGCCUUUUGAGAAGUAUCUGGUCCACGGUUCUUAAUGGAGACCUCUGGCCAGCUCUUGAGGCUUUUUGAGGUUCUGAGAAACAGCCUUGUUACAAACUGGACUGGACCAGAAGUGGACCAGACUCUCUCUAAUCCAACUGAUCUCCAUCUGACUUUGAAGUCAGGUUUAAUCCUGCACACUGCAGUCACCAUGACUUUAGCUUUUCUUUUUUUUUUUCUUUUUUGGAUUACUGUUUAUUCUAUUUUUUAUAUUAUACAUGAUAUUUGCACGUAUCAGUUGUCACUGAUGAACUGUACAAGAAGAACUGACAUCUUAUCUAGCUGUGCCAGUGUUGCCAAAUGUUUAGUAUAAUAUAUUGCAGAGACUCAGACCAAGGACUUUGUACAAAUAACAUCUAGAAACAUCUCCAAAGCUCUGUUAGCUGUAUUCACUGUCUACUUCUCUGUUUAGUCUCAAAAUGGUACAAUUUAAUGUUACAAUCUACAAGAAUAUGAUGCAAGAUGGGGCUUAGUCAGCACCUCAUAUAGCCAGUUAAAAGGCUAGGGCUGUACAUCGUUGACAAAUAAAGUGUGGCUUAUUUCCCCACACACUGACUUUUAAAAAGGUUUCCACAGUUCUUUCCUGAGAGUUUACCUGCUGUAAGAUCAGCAUCACUACACUGUAGUCAAUGAACUUGAUGUUUUUGAAAUGCGACCGUUUUGUGGACAAAAUAUCUGACCCCUCUUUGAAAAUAACAAGUAUUUGCCUUGAUAUAGUAACUACAAUGAAGCCCAGUGUUGACAAGCUUGUUUUUGGGUCUGAAGAUAAGUUUAGAAAAUGUAUGUAGUUAUUAUAACGGUCUUUUUUUUCUAAUAUGAUACUAUGAACUACUGUGACAGCAGCUAACAGUCUGUGCUCUGAGCAAGACCACUAAUGCCAAUCAGGACUGAAUGGUGAACGUUGUUAACACAGCUGAUGUCAACCCAUUUUCAUUUUCAGGAAGGAGGAAAAAAAUUAAAAUGUUAUCUUUUUAGUUAUGGAGAAGCGUUAACUUCAAGACAUUUGAACGGGAAAAUGAAUGGACUCCAACCUUGGUUACUCACUCAUAAUAUGUGGACUGGGACAAUGGGUUAUGUCAGCGUUAAGUGGUUCAGCGUUAAAGGUCUCCAUCAACAGAAUGUUUUGCUUUUGUCUUAACUUUCUCUUUUUGUCUGCAUGGUAUUUCUGGAUCCAUUGUUGUCUGUUGAUUUGCCCUUUAAUGCUGAGCGAGGCAAAACAAAGCAUUAACCAGCUGAUGACUCCUUGUAGGCACUGUCAGAGCCCUGAAAAGUCAAAGUGCUAACUGCAUGCCACGAAUUGCUAGUUUCUCUUUAAUGUUUUUGGCCUGUGUAACAAACACAGAACUAAAUCUUAAUGAAAACUUUUUAUGGGUAUUUUAAAUACCUGUAUUACACUUGAGCCUUUGUUCACAAAAGGGGUCAAAUACUGUUGGUGAGUGAUAACCAAUAAGCCACUGGGUGCUACUGUAAACCUUCAGGUCUGAGAGACAGCAAAGAUAGCUUGGCGUGUGUCUGAUUGACCUGAUCCAAAUCAGGAUUGGUAACUGUUUGGGUCUGUUAUGAAAACUACUUUUUCUCACAACUCAUUUGUCUUAUACUCAUUUGUUAUGUGCUUUGUUUCAUUUUCAUUUUGUAAAUAAUAUUUGUACUGGACAUGUUGUCAUUUUUCUUUUUCUUUCACAAGCUUUUGUCAUCAUCGUCUCUCAACUGUAGUUCUUUCCUCUCUAACUCUUGAUAUGACAACUAUUAAACCAUGUUAGGCAAUCACUGAGGCUUUUCAGAUGACCUUUGUACUGGUCACUUUGACUAAUGUCAUCUCUAAUUUGAUUAGAUUAAUUUUGUAUAGCUUAUUUCAAUGCAAAAGGAACUUAUAUGUAUUAACAACAUUAAUAUAGUGAUUCUAUGGAUAGAGAAAAUAAAAUGGUAUUUGAGAAGCAA